AUGGAUCAGAAAGAUGAGAAAGAAACUGCUCCUAGCAAUGAUGCCUUCCAAUACAGAAUGGGUCUCAAUGACAACAAGGCAGGGAUGGAGGGGCUGGAUAAGGAGAAAAUCAACAAGAUCAUCAUGGAUGCUACAAAAGGCUCCAGAUUUUAUGAAAAUGAGCUAAAAAAAGACCAGCAAGUUAAGCAGCGUAUUGAGAAAAUGCUUCAACAAAAAGCCCUGCUGACCAGUUCACAAAUCAAUAAAGCUCAAAUUCAGGUUGAUCGAAUGGCACUGGAGCUGGAGAGAAGGCGAAAUUUGAGUCAUGUUAUUGUACAUGUAGAUAUGGAUGCUUUUUAUGCAGCUGUAGAAAUGAGAGACAGUCCUGAGCUGAGGGAAAAACCUAUGGCUGUGGGUUCAAUGAGCAUGCUGUCCACUUCAAAUUAUUUGGCAAGAAGGUUUGGCGUACGUGCGGCUAUGCCAGGAUUCAUAGCAAAGAGGUUGUGUCCCAAUUUGGUCAUUGUUCCAACGAAUUUUGACAAAUAUCGAGAAGUAAGCAAAGAGGUUCGAGAAAUUUUUGCAGAGUAUGAUCCCAACUUUUUGCCUCUCAGCCUUGAUGAAGCCUAUUUGGAUAUUACUGAUCAUUUGGAGGAAAGGUUGACAUGGCCAGAAGACCGGAGGAGAUUUGUAAAAGCUAGCACAUUACAGAAAGAUGACUCUCCAGCAGUAAUAGCAGGUUUGGUGACCACUACAGAACCGUGUGAACCAGAACAGACACAAUGCACAUCCCCAGUGCUAUUUGAAGACAGUCCUUCCUUCCUGAAUGAACCGACCCUACCUCAGUCUCUGCCAGAUCCAGCAGAAAUAGAAGAGCCUACGGAAAAUGCAAUUGUCUUUGGGACAUCAGCAGAAGAAGCUGUGAGAGAAAUGAGAUUUCGAAUUGAACAAAAA